UGGAUACUUUUGACACUUGAGAUAAUAGCGAUCUAUUGUUUUUGCUUCACAUUGAUGUGUGUCCGUUUAUUUGUUUAUUUCAAAACCUUCCAACUUAGGGAAGAUGUAUAUGAAUACUUGGAUUAUAAAACCACUUUCCCUGGCCACUUUCCAUUGGAAUAUAAGCAGUAAGCAAACUUGUUGGGUUCAUUCGGGUGCGAUGAUUCCAAGUAUAGCACAAUUGAUUGUUAUGAAGUGUUAAAAGAAAUAUCUAGUCUUUUUGGUCCCAAGGUGGUGCAGUUUGUUCUCUCAAUGCCCAUGGUAGCUUACAAAAUUGAAGACAUCGAAACUCUUCCUUUUUCAGCCAGGCAAAGUUUCGAUCCAUUUAGUAACGAAUUAAGACCUGAUGUGAACCCGGUUUUAGUCACUGAAAUCCCUUACAAUGAUAUCAAGGAAACAUUGCACUCUUUUGUUCACGAUACAAGACGUAGAGGGUGAUAUGUCUAAGGAAUCAAUGAAAGCUAUUGUACACAAUUGUUCCUGGGUUGUAAAGAUGACCUUUCAUAUGUAUUCUAUCACGAUGUUGUCAGGGAAAUCUGUUCUUUUCUUAACUUGAGAGUAAACCGCAAAGAUCCUUUGCACACUGAAAACUCUCCAUUGGUACCAGCUAAUAUGUGUAUCAGGGACAUAUUGACUCCAGAUUUUACCGUCUAUGAUGGGGAUAAUAUUUUGUGUGUGAGUUUGAUGAAAAAUCCUGCGUUAUUACCUCUAGAAUAAUGGGCCCAUUUAACAUCCGAAUCGCUGUGCUCAGAUGACAUAGGAGGAAAAGUAAAACAGCUCCAAUCGUAUAUGAUAGCUGCCUCCGUGAGGAACGGAAUCUUGUGUGAUGAGUACCACUUGAUUCUUAUCGAAUUCAAUAGGAAUUUCGAUGACUAUAAACCUAACACAAAUUUUGAAGAGCCCCAGCCUAAGCCAAAAGAACAAACAGUGGCCAGAUGAAGAAACUAAAGCUCACAGGUACGCCAAAGCUUGGUAUUGCCUUCAAAUCAAGAAUUUUGAAUGUGCACAGUAGUUGUCCAACAUUCUUUGAAGGUUUAAUCUACAUUCUUCAGAAGGCGAAGCAGAAUAAUGAGGGCACUGAAGCUUUCAAGUUUUACCAAAAUUUACCGGCUCCGUUGGUGUCGGUAGAGAAUCCAAUGAGAGCAGUUGAGCAGGUUGAAGAUUUGGCUCGGAGUCGGUAUGGCCUUAUCCUUAGGCCUAAAAUUCUUGACAACUGUAAAACUCUAAGUCCUGACCCAUAUACCCACCACCAGUCAGAGGUCAAAUGGCUAACUUACAACUCGGGGGCAGAGUUGUUGCAUCUGUCGAAAUCUUGUCUAACGUCACUCUAUAAAGUGAAAGCCGGGUAUUUGAAGGAUGUCAUUCUAGAUGAUACCAACGACCAUGAAUAUGUGGUUGUGAAAAUCUAUAAUCCCACUCGUUAUGACGUAAGGAACGAUAAUGAGUUUGCCCAACAUUGGGUUUGGGAGCACUAUUGCCAAGAAAUGCAUGCAAUUGAACGGCUUUUGAAUUCUGAAGAGUAUAAUAACGUUUACUUGAGACAUAUGGAUAUUGAAGUCCAGUACCACCGAGGCUAUGGGGAAGUGAUAAAAGGUUAUGCCAUUAUAUCAAGGUUUAUCCAAUCCGAAUAGAUUCCAGAUACUUUGGAAGUUUAUAACCAAGCGAAGCAGCAACUCGAGGCUAUUCACCAAGCUGGGGUUACUCAUGGUGAUAUUGAAACGCUGCAUUUAUUGUUUGCAGACAAAGUCUAUUUUAUUGACUUUAGCUACUCAAGGAUGAUAAAUAACGCUGAUGUCGAUAGACCGAGCUGUUGGAUGGAGGUUAAUUUCGACCAUUUACGUUGUCUGUUUCGGGAAGUUUUUGGAGACAUCUAGAAGAGUUGGUAUUUUGUUUAUAGGUAGGUGACUUAAUGUUUACAAGUUCGCUUGCAGGUGCAACAGAGAACGCUGAUUGUGCCUGAUAGGACGAUGCACACCCUGGUAGAUUUGUUCUUUAAUUGGAACAGGAAACUUUCCUCCGUCGAUUCGGUCGAGGUGCAGAAUUGCUCAGAAUAACGUAGUUUUGGUAUAAGUCCGCUCAAGAUCCGAAAGCCUCCCGCGUACUCAACCACUGAAAACGGUAGUACCGAUUACCCGAUUUUCAAGUCUUGGCUUUCCUAAGCCGCUAGAAUCCACGCAUAGACUGCCCCCUCAGCCCACGACAAAUGACAUUGAAUUCAACAUACCCUCAGAGUGGGUGUUAGCCUUUAGUGUUUCUGCCUUACCAAUUUAACAUUUCAGCCCACUGGGGCUUCUGAGGCUUCUGAGUCCAUCGUUCCCAAUCGCUUUGUAUGACAUAUAACUCUUUUUUAUGAAAGAUCCCCCCGGCAGCCAGAUGCAGAGUUGCCGGUGAAAACGAUUGACGUAACAGUGCACAAAACGCCUGUUUCUGCACAGUAGCCUUUCUGCCAUUACAUAUGUGGUAAGUAACAACUGCACCCGAGCUCCGGUCUUGGGCCCCCGCCAAUCAAAAGGCGACCCACCCCCCAAAGUUUAUUCGCACGCCUCACUUCCGACAGGCAGAUCAAAAGGCGGCCAUUGGGGGAGGUCCCAGUGACAACCAUAGCAAAUGGUGAUACCAGUCCCACCGCGCCUGCCAACCACCUUUACCGUACCUUGUGCCUACCAGUGCCAAGCCCACCUAUCAAACUUGACUGGCGAAAAUAAACCUAACAAUAAGUACAGUUUCACAAACCUUAGCGAGCAUCUCAACCAAUGAAACGGCAGCGGCUUGCCACGAAAAAUUUUGCACGCAGUGACAGCGAUACGCAUAUUGACAUGAUUUUGACGGCCAUUUGAAUUCCAUAUAGCUGUCUCCAUGCUUCAGGUGGCAAGGUCAAUGACAGUGUAUGCAGUGGAAUGGGUGCUAUAUCCCAAACAUCCACCAGCUUCCCCCUCUCAAAUCGCCACAAAACUGGCUGGCCUAUCAAAUUCAUGCUGAACGCCCAAUAAUAUUAUGCAAAAAUAAAACGAAAAAUAAUUAUCAGAUUAAUCAAUGUGACAAAAAUGGCAUCCCUGGUCAAAUUUCUCCAUUGGCUAAAAUUAAUGGAAAAUCCUCCUUUGGAUAUUGUAAAACUCACUACUGGAAUUAUACCGCCAAUUAUGUGGAUGCUAACCCUGAUGGAGUGUUCACCAGAAGGGCCCUUACUUUGAACGGGGAAUGGCCUCCUCCUGUGUUACGGGUAGGAAAAGGUGAUCGGGUAGUGUUUAACUUGACCAAUGGGUUGGAAGACCAAAAUACCACCAUGCAUUUCCACGGAUUAUUUCAACCAGGAAGUGCUCAAAUGGAUGGUCCUGAAAUGGUAACUCAAUGUCCAAUUCCCCCAGGUGCUCACUUUGUGUACAACUUUACCGUUGGUGAUCAGGUGGGUACAUUUUGGUACCAUUCCCAUACGGCUGGUCAGCUUGGUGAUGGUCUCAGAGGGGUUUUUGUCAUUGAAGACGACGAAUAUCCAUUUGACUUUGAUGAAGAAAUCACUCUUACAAUUGCCGAUUGGUACCAUAAGAGCAGUGAUGAACUUUCCAAGUCUUUUAUGAGCUUGUACAACCCUACCGGAGCUGAGCCCAUUCCGCAGAACUUUUUGGUCAACGACACCACCAACUUUACUUGGAAUAUCGAACCCAAUAAGACCUACUUUGUCAGAAUCGUCAAUGUGGGUGCGUUUGUGUCGCAGUAUCUUUAUAUGGACGACCACGAGUUUGAAAUUGUCGAGGUGGAUGGAAUUUACGUCAACCCCAACACCACCGAUAUGCUUUACAUCACCGUGGCCCAACGUUACGGGGUGUUGAUUAGAACCAAGAGCAAUACUGAUAAGAACUAUGCCUUUAUGUCGGCCGUGGACCAGGAUUUGUUGGAUAAAAUUCCAAAAGACUUGGUAUUGAAUCAAACCAGUGUCCUUGUAUAUGACGAGAAUAACGAUACCCCUGAUCAAUAUUACGUGGAUGCCUGGGACUUUUUCGACGACUUUUACUUGUCUCCUUACAACAAUGAAACUCUUUACGAAGACCCUGACUUGACGGUCACGGUGGACGUGGUUAUGGCAAACUUGGGUAACGGUGUCAACUAUGCUUUCUUCAACAACAUCAGUUAUGUUACACCAAAGGUUCCAACCUUGUUGACACUUUUGUCCGCCGGAGACGAUGCUACCAACGCUCUUAUCUACGGUACCAACACCCAUACUUAUGUGUUGCAAAAAGACGACAUUGUUGACAUUGUCGUCAAUAACCAGGAUACCGGUAAGCAUCCGUUCCACUUGCACGGACAUGUUUUCCAGGUAAUUUCCAGAGGUGAAGGAGUCCCUGAUACCCUGUCUCCAGUGGCGUUCGAUGCUGACUCGAUGUCCGAAUUUCCUGAAUAUCCAGUGUUGAGAGACGUUGUGUACGUCAACCCUCAAUCGUACAUGGUUUUGAGAUUCAAGGCCGACCAUCCUGGUGUUUGGUUUUUCCACUGUCAUAUCGAAUGGCAUUUGCGUCAAGGUUUGGCCCUUCAAUUUGUGGAGGCUCCAGAAGACAUUCUUAAUGAUUCUCGCCAGACCCUUACAGACAACCAUAAGGAUGUUUGUGAUAAGGUUGGAGUGUCAUGGAAGGGUAAUGCUGCUGAUAAUGACAAGGACUUUACCGACUUGACAAACCAGAAUGUCCAGGUCAAGCCCUUACCUGCUGGUUUCACUGCCAGAGGUAUUGUGGCCUUGGUAUUCUCGUGUAUCUCUGCCUUCUUGGGUCUUGUGGCCAUCGCUAUCUACGGGGUGGCUGACAUCAAGAACAUUGAACAGAAGGUGGUAGAAGACAUGGGAUUGGACAUUUCUGAGUUCAAGGAAGAUGGUGUCGAAGGUGAAGUCAAACUGGCCGUCAAUAAGCAAUGUGCUUACUUUUUAAUUUGCUGAAUUCUUUCGCUUAACAUCGAUAACAAUGGGGUACCAGUGAUGCUUUUAGGGUUUCGUGGAUGUUGAUUUUGGAUAAAAUUAAUAAUGUGUGUGUGAAAUACUUCAACAUCUGUGGCCUUUGCUAUGUCCAAAAGCACCUGGUACUUUGUUUUGAUCGAUUCUUUUUGUAUUAACGAUCCCCAACGAAAUAGCUCGACUCUCCUCCCCCCUAAUAUAUACGCCCAAUAUCUGCUGUAAA